AUGUAUCCCUGGCACCAGCGCCUGAACACCUGGGCAGAGGAAGCAGGCCUACGCAUCGACGCGCUCGGCCUGGUAACAUUGCUGGGCGCGGAGGAGAUGGACCGCACAGUGGGGCGGCUCGUCCCGAGCCACUACCUAGACUACCUGCCUCUCCUGGGCGCCUUCGUCGUGGCAGGAAACCGGUUCACCUCCAAGCAGUUCGGCUUCACGCUGUACAACAUCUCCGCAGGAAUCGUGACGACUGAGCUGGCGGGCUGGUUCUCACGAUGGCUGCGCGCGCAGGAACUGCGUCAGGCGCGAAGUGUUAUUACCUGGGAGGUUGUUGAGCAUCAACGGCCCUCAAGGUGGAAGACGUUCCUUGUUAGCGUGUUGCUUGUGGCGCUGCCGGUCCACGGGAUGCUUAUUGCCUUGACUGUGCUGACGGCGGACUGGUGGGGGUUCGCGAAUGUGAUGGCGAUGAUAGUGUCUGUGGUUGUGCGAUGUAUCCUGGUCGCGCAGAAUUGCGCCGGGAUAGAUGCCAAUGUCAGUCGAGCGCAGCAGGAAGCGCGCAACUACAAGUAUCCGCAGAAACGGGACAAAUAUGACGAAACGAUGAUGAAUCUCGAGAAAGACAAACAGCAACACCAACAACAACACAUGGCCAUUCCCGUCGCGCCCAAGGACCCCUUCGCUAUCGCCAAGGUCAUCGUGAUAACCGACGAGUCGAAAGCUGUCACGAUUGCUGCACCCGCUCAUCUGAUCCAAUUACUGUUUACGACCACCCCGGAUGUGCCAAAUCAUGGCAUCUACCAGGCGACCCGGCUCUUGGGCUGGGUCGCGUUCGGCGUGCACGUCGUCGCGAUUGGCAUGUCGGCCCUAUACACGCAAAUAUGUACAGUAGUGGUGAUGGUCGCCGCGACGAUCCUAACCGCCUUCAAGUUUGGCUGUGAUGAUUCGCACAUGGGGAGGAGGAUUUGGAAGGCAGUUAUGAACCGCAAACGCAACGACGACGAUGAAAAAGAGGCCUGGUCAUAUACUUGCUGGGUGGGGUCGAGAUUAAAGGCGACUGUCUCGUCCUACCCGGAUUGGUAUAGCGAGUGGAGCGAAGACCAAGGGGAGCCCAAACUACCUCAGGUGGUGACGGUCGUCGAGACGAAAGGUGGAAGGAGACGAGCAAGAGCCGUCCUUGACCUGGAACCUGCUCGUCCUCCCCCGAACAAGAAGAAAAUCGUCGAACGCCGGCAAGAUCUUUAUGCUUGGUUGGGCCUAACGGAGGAGGAAGAGACGCACAUGACGGCUUGGGGGUUGAUGCCCCGGAAUCGGGAGUGGAUGAGUGUGUACUUUGAGAAGAAGAUGAAGCAUAAAAAGCGAAUUGGUCGUGAUGGGACGUAG